AUGGAGGUUGUUGAGAGGAAACGAUCCAGAGGAGGGUUUUUAAAUCUUUUUGAUUGGUCUGGAAAAUCCCGGAAGAAGCUCUUCUCCUCCACCAGUUCGGAAAUCUCAGAAUCAAAGCAGACGAAACAGAAUGCUCAAAACCUCUCAAAGACACGGGUUUCUCUUAUUGAAGUUGAUGAGAUUGGCAAAAAUCUGAGUUACAAUCCAAGAAGUGACUCAAGCUGCUGUGCAUCUUCUGUUAUCAGUGAUGAUGGGCAGGGAACAAGAGCCCCGAGUGUGGUUGCGAGGCUCAUGGGUUUAGAGUCUUUACCGGUACCAAAUGUCCAGGAACCUCGGUUUAAUCCCGAUCUUGAUCCAUUCUUCCUCGGACCUUCACGGAACACAAACAAAUGGGAUGCAUAUGAAAAUCUUGGUUAUGUAAAUAUCCGUAGUGACUAUGAUGGAAUUUCCUGGGACCAUUUGGAUUCAAGAACGAAUAAUGGGCGCAACCGACCAAUUGAGCGGUUUCAGUCUGAAACUUUUCCUCCAAGGUCGGCUAAACCAAUUUGUGUUACCAACAAUAGACUCUUGUCUCCUAUCCGGAGUCCUGGGUUUGUCCCAUCCAGGAACCCUAUUUAUGUAAUGGAAGCGGCUUCAAGAAUGAUUGAACCAAGUCCUAGGAUAGUUGCUAGAACACGGUUUUCGCCAUCUGAUUCUACUUCAUCAGUUCCCAUGAGGAUUCGAGAUUUAAGAGAGAAACUAGAAGCCGCACAGAAAGUGUCAAGCCGUCAAAUCUCCAAUGAGAAGAGAACCUCAACAUCACUCACCACUCCGUCAACUAGUAAGUUGAUGGGAAAAAGCAGUUCUGAUGGUUUGAAGGGUAAAGUGAAGCCUCCUUAUGUAUCUGCACAAGCAAAGACUAGCACAAUGCCCAAACAGAACUGCAGAGACAACCAACCUUCAAUGACCUCUUUUUCAAACCAACAAAGCAGCAAAGUAUAUAACAAAGUUGUAAACAGGGUUCCAGUGGAAAAUAGAUUGAGUUCAAAGCAGUCAGGUUUAACAAAGGCGUCUGCAGAAAAGAAUACUUCUUUAUCUUUGUCCCACAGAAAGACUCUUCCCCGGAGCAAAAAACUCUCAAAUGGGAUGCAAGAAUCGGGAAUCUCCAAUGAUAAACGGAUCAAAAGGGGUGAAAAUGUGAUCAAAUGUAACAUUACCAUUGAUGGUGGUUUGAACAGAGGUAAAGAUGAUCGGAAAAAGGAAAUGGACGUGAUUUCGUUCACAUUCUCAUCUCCUGUCAAAGGUUUAUCAUCUGAUUCACUAUCCUCCACUCAAGGAAUUGAUCAAGACACAGACUCGGCAGUUAGUUUCAAUAUGAUUGGCGGUAAUUCUUUAAAUGUCCUGUUAGAGAAAAAGCUCAGAGAGCUGACUUCUAAGCUUGAGUCUUCUAGCUGUAGCCUGACCCAAGAAGAGUCUUCAGAGUAUGAAAAGUCAACCCAAUACGGCAUGGACAAAGUUUUAUCAGAGAGUGAAUCUGUUUCUGACUGCACUUCAUUCUAUGACAAACGAAAAUUCCAGAUGAUGAUACAAGCAGAAGAGCACGAAGUUAGCAGCAUUAGCACUGUGACAGAAGUAGAUGAUCUCAGAAGCUCCUGCAGCAAGGGUUUCUCAGAUUGCAGACAGACCGAAGAAUAUGGGAUUAAACAGUCCUCAUCAGAUCAAGAACUCAUCUGGGUUUCAUCAAAUGAGUCUCCCCAAGGACAAGACGAGUCCGAAAUCUCAGAAUCUGUAAUAACACUGACUUACUCGGAAACUGAAGAAAGGCUUGACUGGGAGCUUGAGUACAUAUCCGAGAUCCUCGGCUCUGACCAACUGUUGGUGAAAGAAUUCGCAUUGGGAAUGGCCACCGACAUAUUACCUGCGAGCCUCUUCGAUGAAAUGGAAGGCCGGGGAGAGGCAACAUCAGCCAAAAUCAAGAGAAAGAUACUGUUUGAUUUUGUCAAUAANUGUUUAGCGCUCAAAUGCGAGAAAAUGUUUAUGGGUAGCUGCAGAGGGCUAUUGGGGAAAAGCGGAUUUUUGUUUGAAGAGAGAGAUCGGUUAGCAGAAGAACUAAAGAGAGAGAUUCAUGGGUUGACGAAGAUGAGAGAGAUGAUGAUGGACGAGCUUGUUGACAAAGAAAUGAGCAGUUCCGAAGGGAGAUGGCUUGAUUUCGCGAGAGAGACGUAUGAAGAAGGGAUUGACAUUGAAGGAGAGAUAGUGUCUACGUUGGUUGAUGAUUUAGUUAAUGAUCUUGUCUCGGUGUUCCAAGAAGAACAUUGA